CUCAGAUUGGAGACUAUUGUUUGCAGUGCUUUAACUCCAGGAAAUUGACUAAAGGAGGCGGGGAAGAGUUUUACCCCGAGCUGGGCUGGGUUGCUGGGCUGGCGGCUUCAGGGGCCCGGGAUGCGGGGGAGCGUGGCAUCCCACUCGGUCUGGGAGGCUGGAGAAGAAGAAUGACGCCCAUCCCCACCUGGCAUCAGGGUGGCGGCUGCAGCAGCUCAGAUGAUGAAAAUGAACUGGAUGUAGAGAGCCAAGGAAAUUCCACCUCUUCUCUUUAUGGGUCCCCUCAGCAAGACCAUCAGCAGGACAUGGCUGAAGAUGGACUUCGCAGAGACACCAGGGAUUUCCUAGAAUCGCAGAGAACUGAGUGCCCCAGUAGAGGCUGCCUGCAGCGUGUGUAUAAGCGCCGGUUCAGCUCUGACUACAGCAUCAGCCCCACAAGUCUGGAAGAGGCUCAGCAUGAAUCUGAAGGGUCGCGUUAUAGCCAAGAGGAGGACAAGGUCUCAGGCCAAUAUGACUUUAUCCUGUACCCCACCAAUACCCCCACUGGGCAUUACCCAAGACCAGGUUCUGUGGGAUCAGCAGACAGCAUUUCUGAGAGUAUCGGUCAGUCUGGUGACAUUGAACUACCCAUCAAUGCCCCCACUGGGCAUAACCUGAGACCAGGUUCCGUGGGAUCAGCAGACAGCAUUCCUGAGAGUAUUGGUCGGUUUGGUGACAGCUCAGAGUACCCCUCAGAAUCAGAGGCAGCUUCAUCUUUGGGUGAUAGCCAUCCAAGAAUUACCCCAACUGAAUCCUUUCAGAGUCACUUCCUAAGCUCUUUGUCCCCAGAGGAACUGCAGCAUACCCCAAGUGCUAAUGGCAAAAUGAACUCUGAUGCUUCUUAUGAAGAGAAGCCUGGUAGCCUUAUGGGAGCUGUCAACCACACAGGGUCUGCAACCUCUCAGGACUUGCCCAAUUCUAAAACCCAGAUGCCCCACAGUAAAUUUGGGAGGGAGGAGUCCAAUUCUCCUUUUCGGUGGGGAGGAACCCAGCCCUUGGACCAAAUUCAAAAGUCAAAGAAGCCAUCCCCUGCAGCGCUUCGUUCACAAUUCAGUGGUUCGUUCUGCCUCUUCAGCCCCCCAAAGAGGAGCACCCCAAAGAGGCUGAACCUAUCCGGGGCUCCCAAGAAAGGGGUCAAUGUGCCUGCCCACUCCCCCUCUGAAGUCUCCAAGUAUGGCCGGGGGCAGCUGAACUACCCAUUGCCUGAUUUCUCCAAGGUGGAGCCCAGAGUACGGUUUCCUAAAGCUGAAGAGAGCUACCACCCUCCCAAGGGAAAGAACCACUCCAGGCAGUCCCAAGGUCCCACGAGACCUCUGGUCUUCAAGUCCCCUGCUGAGAUUGUCCGGGAGGUACUGCUCAGCAGUGGGGACAACUCCCCUCAGAAAGCUUCUCUUCCUUCCUACGCUGGGGCCAAAGUGCCCAAGGAAUUCAAGACACCUCAGCAGGCAACAGAACUAGUACAGCAGUUGCAGGAGGACUACCACAGACUGCUCACCAAAUAUGCAGAGGCUGAGAACACCAUUGACCAGCUGCGGCUAGGAGCCAAGGUAAACUUGUACUCUGACCCGCCCAAGCCCAGCCAUGGUGUUCAUAUGGGAUCCAUGCCCCUUGGGACCAAGGUCAUGUCCUUCACCAUUCCCCAGGCUAGGAUGGCAGAAUGGCAAUCAACCACCAACGCUGGAUCACAGACUUUGUUGAACCCAGAGCUAUCAGCAACUCAAGGUGAUCUGAUUCCAUCCCCUGCUGCCGCAUACCCCGGCCCACUGACAGAAAGCAAUGGUACAUCUACGCUAGAGCCAUCCCUAGGAGAUCGUCUGACCCAGACACUGGCCAACGAGGUGGUCAGGUUCCUAGCACAGGUGAAAUCUUUUGAAGGACUGGUCCAAGAAGGAAGGUUGGCACCUCAGGAUCAGCUCAAGGAGUUUUGGAGGCUGAAAGAAGAACAGGAUGCUUUGGAGAAAUCCUUUCUCUGGGCACGAGGAGAGCACAGACGUGUGCAACUCCAGGAAUCUGAGGUGCUUCCUGGUGAAUUUGAUCCUAACAGGGAAGUGGAAGGAGAGAUAUUUCGGCUGGGAAUGCGCCUUGAGGAGCUCGUGGAUGAGAUAGAUGGCUUAAGACCUGACCAGCUCUCCCUGAGGACCCCUCCAGGAGAAAAGUCCCAUGGCAGCUCAGCAGCUUCACCUGUAUCAGACCUGCCAGCUCCGUCUCCUGAUCUAUCAGCUCAAGCCCCCAAGCCAGCUGUCUGUACCCCCUACCCUGAGAGCCCAGCUAUCCAGAAUGGCCACACUUUUCUGUCUGCAGCGCAUACAGAAGUGAACUCUGCCAGCAGCGAGUUAGAAGAUGAGAGCCCUGCACUGCCCCAGCCACUUCCGUACAAGCAGCUCCAAAUGGAACAGGAAUUCCAGAGCCUCAUGGCCCGAUACCACAGUAUCAAGUUGUUCCCUGAUGCUGUCAAGUUGGAAGAAGACCAAGAAGAGAAGGAUUCCACCCAGGAAGUGGAUGGGCCAACUGCUGGGAAUCCCAAUGCUUUUGAACCCAGUUCAAGGAGGAUGGAACAGGAGGAAGGGAAUCACCCGAACCCUCUUGAAGAGUGUGUGGAGCAGACCCAGUCGACCCAGCCCCUAGAUCUCCAGUCGUCGCCGGGCAAUGAUGGGCACCACUUGGAUGGGCUUCCUCAGGGUCCUAUGACUCAGCCACCCCCACCUGCCCCCCAGAUCACCCCACCAGUCUCAGAGCAAAAGCAGCCACCCUCUCACCAGAGCAGCAUCGCCAGUCUGGCUGGCAGUGGGGCUUCAGGCUCUUUGCCCCUUCAGAAAGCUUUCCAUUCGACCAGUACCUCCCAGCUGGCGAAAAACUUUGAUGUGAGCCAGUACAAGGAUCACCGGAUAGUAUCCCCAGAAACUGACAGUGGCUUUGUGGGAUCUGAAAGCAGCAGGGUUUCUCCAUUAACCCAGACUCCAGAGCACCGACUUUCCCAUACCAGUAUGUCUUUUGGUACCAGUGACCCAAGGAGAUUACCCCAGCCAUCUACGUCAAGUCUGCCCCACUCUCCAUCCUCCCACCAUCCAGGAAGGGACAAGCAUGUCAUCAGAGUAUCCUCUGGGCUCAGCACAUCAGGGGCCCAGGCCCAGAGGUCUGACCCAAUGCCUAUCACUCCCCCAAAGAAGUGGACAAAAAGCUUCCACCACAAACUGGGACCAGGUACAAAGAUGGCUGACUUGGAUGGUGAGGGCCAUGAUAGGGCCUGUGAACAGCAUUCCCAUGGCAGAGAAGAUGACCAGUCUCCUGCUGCCACCCCUUCUGAUGAAACUCCUCAAGAGGCAGUACGACACCCACUCGGCAACCUCAUCUCCCGGGAAGUGAGAGACCAAGCUAUCCGGGCCCUACAGCAAGAAGUGACCCGACUCCGAGACAGGAUAGAGGCCAGCUUGAACAACCCACCUCGGGACACCUCAAGUCAUAACUUCCAACAAGCUACCAGGGCUCGGAGCAGGCUUGCAAAAGAGCCCUUGGCUUUGGGGGAGCUGUCCCCAUACCAUACCAGUAAAUCUGCAGAGAGAUACCAGAAUGACCGUGGAGAUACAACUCAAAACAAUAGCACAGGAAGGGUGCGGCUGAGAUCCUCCUCUGUGCCCAGGGAAGCCCAAGCAGCUCAAACUUCACAGUCAGAACAAUAUAUAUCCAAGAUCCAGGCUGAGGAGAGCAGAGCUGAGGAGCAGAGCCCCUCAGACAGAAUAAGAGGAGGAACCAGAGGGAAGCAAACAGACACAGUCCACUUCCAGGGCCACUACACAGGAAAAUAUAAACAAGCAGAAGACUUCGAGAAACUGAGGCAAACCCAAGGAGGUCACGAAUAUUCUGUCAAAUCCUCCUACCGCUUCCAGGCAGACAAUAAUUCUCGUUUCUGCCCCCGCUGUCACUCAUGGAAGAAGAAACUUCCAGACAACAUUCUCAGCAAGGAUCCAGAGGAACUUUUCCCCAGUGACAGCAUGAAGAAGACCCAGUGUCCAAUGUGUCACAGACCCAGGAAUCCCACAGAGAGGGACAAGGAGCACUCUGGGAUAGACAAGGGCAUACAGAAGGGAGCACCUCUAAGUUCUGGCCCCACUCGGAAAUCUGAGCAACGCCAGCAGCAGUCAACUUCGCCACCACUUCCUUAUCCUCCUGGAGUGUGGUAUCUAGCACCCCCACUCCCAGCUCCAGUGGGGGCAACCUUCGCUUACGUCCCACCGGUUCCUGUUGUGCCUUAUUCAUCCUCCACAUUGUACUAUUCUCCAGUAGCACCUACCUCAGCUUCCUCCCCUCUAUAUUACUCCAGUGGUAAAAAACCUGCCAAGGUGAGACCUUUGUCUCAGAGUCACCGAACUCCAACUCCAAUUCCAGGCCACCGCUGCUUAUCUGAGAUGGAUCUUGUUGACCUGGAUGCCCUCAGCCUGUCCUUGAGCCAAGCUGUGGAAGCAGCCAAAAAUGUUGAGCUCACCACCAAGCAGAUGAGUCGGUCUUUGUCUGCUGAUCUGCACAGAGCCCGAGGUCUGAGGGGAUCCUGCCUCUUUUGACAAGAACUGACUUAAAAGGGGGGUAAGAGGGCAGGACAUCUGACUUCUGUUUUAUCUAGCGUGGUAGACUUCUUGCAAGAGCAAACAAAUGUUCUGGAAAUGCUGGGGGAAAACCCUUCAUUUGGAUGCUAAAUCGGCAGGAGAUGACAAGCUUAUUUUUUUAACUCUUUUUUUAAACAAGAGAACAAUGUAUUUUUUCAAAUAUGGACUGACUUUUCAGUCCGAAGUCAGACACCAGCUGUGUGAUGCUGAGAAUGAACUAUGUUCUCUGUACACAAGAACUCUGGGAAUAGCCUUUCUUUCCAUACCUGUACUUUCCUGCCUCCGGCUGAUGAUGCCUUUUUAUUCAAGGCCAAUCUGCUUUGUCUCUGGUCCCCAUGGGUAUCCCGUCUGAGUCCUUCAAGAGUCAAGGAGAGAGAGGCUUGCUGGGUGUGUGUGUGUGUGUGUGUAUGUAGAAGGGAAAUGGUGGGAGGAUGAAGCCAUUGCCAGCUCCUAUGGAGACAAAAGCUGUGGGAGGUAAAAGGGCUCUUUGUCGGCAGCCUCUGAACUAUUUUUGGAGUCUGAUUGGGCAGAAGCCACUGGGUUUUCAAGGCAAAAGACAGCCUUCAAUUUCUCUUUUGCUGGAAAGAAAGGCUUCCCCAUCAAUCUGUUUGGAGCCAGUGUUUUUGAAGUUGUUUUGGUGGUUGUUGUUUUUCCUGCAAGAAUUCCUUCUGGUACCUCCUCCUAUAUCUUCUUCCUUCCUGUGGAUUUAUUUGGCAUUUAACUGAUUGGAGCUGAGACAGUUCCUAAGGGAUUUAUCUUUUGGGUACGGACUGUUGCACUGAGGGAUGCCAUUAUCCCCUGCAUUGACGCUUACCUCAGCAUUCCUAGAAUGCACCGCAUAGAUGGCAUUUGUAUAUUUGGGGUAUUUUAAACUUUAUUUUAAUUCCAAAGGUUAAUGAAGAAAAAUGAGUGAUCUUUUUUUUUUAAAGAAAAACAAAACAAAACAAAAAUGUGUCUAGUGUGUUUUGUCAUCUUGUGAUUUCCUAAGUCAUGUUUGCACUGAAAAUAGAGACAAGGAAAGCAAGAAAAGGGGCUUUGUUUCUUACAGCCAGCCUCUGAAUGAUGCCUUGCAGAAAUGAAGACUGAAUUCAUGCCUUCCCUUCCAGAGCUCAUUUCCUUUUUCAUUUCUCUAAUUUUUGUCUCUUCCGGUCAUUUUAUUGUCCCUUAUUCUCUCUAUUCUUCCCAUUUUCUAGUCUUUAUUCUACUUCCUCUUCCCCUCUCAGACUCUGAAAUCCCUUUGUAAAGUGAGGGCACCUUCCAGUUCUUUUCUGUCUUCUUUAACAGGGUCCAAAUGUUAGCUUACAGUGAAGUGGAAACAGGCAUCUUUUCUGUCGGUGCUAGGCUAUUGAGUUGUAAAGGCUUUCAGGUUCUAAGAGUUUAAGAGGUGUAUUACCCUUGGGAGGGAGGAGAGCUUUUGGAUGGGAAGGGAGUGAGCCCCAUAUACAGUCAUCAUUUACAUUAGAAAUAAACUUUAGGGGCCAAGCUCUCAACAAAAGUCAGACAUUUUAUUUUAUUUUUUGUCUUUACGUCGUCUUUAUUUCUGAAUGGCCUUCCCCUAUGCAGCAAGCCAUCUUUUAUAACAAAAAUAAAAAUAAAAACUAACCAAUACAUCAAGAGGUUCUGACAGUAUAUGCAAUGUUCCACAUCCAUUGUUCCCCAUCUCUCCAGUGAAGAGAAGGAAAUACAAUUUCUCAUCUCUUCAGGGAUGAGUUUGGUCAUUAUAAUUAUACAUACGAACUUUAUAAACCACCACCACCACUUGAUUACUCAUUCUCAACCUCCUCAACCCUCCCACCACAAAGUUUCAACCAAAUGCCACCUAACCCUUCCACUAUGCCCUCUAGAAUGCCUGUUAAAUAGACAAUAAACUUCCUUUCAUCUUAAAUCUUCCACUCCUUGCAUCUACUGAAACUUCUCCCUGAUAACGCAACCUCUCUUUUCACCAUUUCAGUACUGGCUGGCUGCACCUUCACUCAUUCUCCUUGGCUCACUGGUUGGGGUGGGGGAGUUGGAAUUCUACUUGUUCCCUAUUGCCACUUCCAGGUUUUCCAUCUGCCUCCAUCACUGGGUGACUUUUGAUGUUCAGGCACUUCAUAUCUACUAUCCUAUCAAAAUCCUGGUCCUAUUGUCUACAACUCCCAGUGUCACUCCCCUUCCUUGAGUUCAAUACCUGGCUCACGGUUUUUCUCUCCUCCCCAACUCCUACUCUCAUAACAGGGGACUUCAACAUACAUAUUUACUCUCCCUCAAACAUCCUAACCACUCAGUUCCUCAACCUACUCACUUCCCACAAGCUGUUACUUCACCCUACCCCACCCUAGCCCCCUUUUUGCUGAUUAUGGCCAGCCAAGUCUCAGCCUUGUAUCACCCACCAUUUGUCUUCUUCACUGCUAUGCAAAUGCUGCCAAACAAGGAUGGAGAAAAUCAUGCAACCAUUCUGACUCCACCACAGAUUUGUGUUACACAAUUCAACUGGUCCCUCACAGCUACUAGACAAUCCUACUAGAGCUCCCUUAUCAACCCACUAUUCCACUCUCCACAGCAGCUGUUCCAAACCUCAUCAUUCCUUCCUCAAAUCUUAGGCCAUUUGCCAUGAGUUCCCUCUUCUUCCCUCUUCCUUAUCCCCUAUCAUUCAGAUGCCUUUUACUACUAUUUCCUCCUCCACUCAUCUCAUGUGAUGAAGUGACCUUACUCCUUACCAAGGCUAACUAACUCCUCUACUUGUCUAAGUGACUCCAUUCUAUCCCUUCUCUUCCAACAUAUUGUCUCCUCUAUUAUCCCCACUCUUUCACUUAUUUUCAAUGAUGUCUCCCUUUCUACUGGUUAAUUCUCUGCUGCCUAAAUACCUGCCCAUGUCCCCUCCUGAAAAAACCCUCAUUUGCUCCUUCCAUUCCUGCUAUAUCUCUUCUUUCUUUUGCAGCUAAAU